AGGAUGAGAGGAACACGCGGGCACAGCACAAGGAGGAGGAGUCGACCAGCUCCUUGAGCCAAAUGCACUCGUCCCUCCUCUCUGCAACAGCCCGUUCCUCUCUUAAACCUUGGCCAAACCCCCGCACCAUCUCUCCACUCGGUCUGUUUUUCCAUACCGUACAGUCUGAACACACCGGCACGAAAUGGAUACGGAAGGGAGCCAGAGCAGCCUGUCCUCCACGGACUCCCCUCACGACCCCUGCAAAAUGUUCAUAGGCGGUCUCAGCUGGCAGACGACACAAGAGGGAUUGAAAGAGUACUUUUGCAAGUAUGGCGAGGUGAAGGAGUGCAUGGUGAUGCGGGAUCCAGUUACCAAGCGCUCUAGGGGUUUUGGAUUUGUCACGUUUGUUGACCAGGCCGGUGUGGAUUCAGUUUUGGCAGUAACCAGGCAUGAGUUGGAUUCAAAAACAAUUGAUCCGAAAGUUGCAUUCCCUCGUAGAGCCCAGCCCAAGCUAGUGACUCGGACCAAGAAGAUUUUUGUUGGAGGUCUGUCCGUGAACACGACCAUUGAUGAUGUCAAGGCGUAUUUCGAGCAGUUCGGAAAGGUUGAUGAUGCCAUGCUCAUGUUUGACAAGACCACCAACAGACACAGAGGGUUUGGCUUUGUCACGUUUGAGAAUGAGGAUGUGGUGGAGAAAGUGUGUGAGAUGCACUUCCAUGAGAUAAACAGCAAAAUGGUGGAGUGUAAGAAGGCUCAGCCCAAGGAAGUGAUGUCACCCACGGGCUCGGCCAGGGGGCGCUCUCGGGUGAUGCCCUACGGCAUGGAUGCCUUCAUGCUGGGCAUCGGCAUGCUGGGCAGGGGGCAGCACUGUUUCACUCAAACACAGACCCAUGACUGUCCUUUCACCAUAGGUUACCCAGGGUUUCAGACAGCUACGUAUACUAGUCGAAGUUACACUGGCAUCACCCCUGGAUAUACCUAUCAAUUCCCUGAAUUCCAUUUAGAGAGGACCCCCCUUCUGACAUCACCACACCCCCCUGAGCUCACAGCCAUUCCUCUGUCGGCAUACGGACCAAUGGCAGUGGCGGCAGCAGCAGUAGCAAGAGGCUCCGCCCCCUCUCGCUCUGGGGGGUUCGGCAGCCCUGGGCCAAUGGCAGACUUAUAUGCAGCAGCCAAUCAGGAGUCUGCUGUCAGCAGUUACCUCAGCGCUGCAAGCCCCUCCCCAAACACUGGGUUCGGCCAUAGUCUGGGGGUAAGACACAGCCCUUAUCACGGUCCUCUGAUUGCUACGGCCUUCACUAAUGGCUACCACUGAGAGAAGCUGUGAACUGAGAGAUGGAAAGCUUUGAACUGGUCUGACACUCCUCUCUGGCUGUGUGACCCUGCAGGUGCAGUGGGAGCACUGACCCUUGACCCCUGAUGUCCACGCCCCUCCUCCCACUGAGGAUCUCUUUUCUUAAGACUUCCUGUGUUCGGUCUUAACAUCCCCUCCUGUCUAACAUGUUACUGUAGUUAGCAGAAAGGAACAACAACCUUUAAAAAUAUAUAUUUCUGCUUGUAUUAGAAAAACAUGCAGAUAAUUCUAGUUACUUUUUUAUUUUAUUUCAUUUGACUGUUUUGUGGAAAUUGUCAUGUAUUCUCAUGUCUUAAUUAUUUUUUUAUAUAUUUUUUCCAUUUGAUUCUUUUGUCAGAAGGUGUUUUAUUGAGAGGCAGUGAGGGAGAAAAGGUGAUCUCCAGGUACAGAAUAUGUGAAGGACUGGAGCAAGUAUUUGUACUGAAUAAAUGUAUAUUUAUCUUUCAGUACAUACAGAACAUUGCUGAUAAUACCAUUUUUUUUGUAUGUAUUACAAAGUUGAAAAAUGUAUAUCUUGGUAGGUUUUUAACACAUUUGUUAUACUAAUAAUGAUAAAAGUAACUAAAUUGAUAGUCAUGAGCCUAUUUCCAGUCAGAUUUGAACUGCGUGAUAUCUGUUUUUUUGUAAAAUAUUGUCAAUAUAACUGUCUUUUGAAUUCUGCAAAAAAAUGAGGGGUAUUGGGAAGGCAGUGAUGGUAUUUGUUUUCAGCAGAAUUUUUUAAAACUUUCAUUCAUACUGUUCGGCGUUGGCCACUCAGACUCAUACAUAUCAUAGUGUAUUUGUGUGAUUCCUAAUCUUUAGCUGUCUGAGUUGUGAGACUGGUCCAUGUAUGGUCCAGGUUGCUCCUAUACUGUGAAUUCACGCAGGAACCACUGUUAUCAGCACCGGGAGUGAGAAAGCUUGUGGGGAUAUUCCUCUUUUGAGUAGAGGCCUAAAACUGUUUCUUUCAUCCUUACUUGGAACUUAUUUUAUUGUUGUUUUUAGAAUGAUCAUUUUGAAUAUGUGGUGGUUGUAAAGGAAAAUGAAGGACAAACAUGCAGGAGCCAGUUGUAAAAACAGUUUCACAGUGGUACGAUUUCACGGCUAGAUUCUUUCGCAGAUUGUGUUGUGUGACUGCGCGUUUGUGUGUUUGUGCAUUGUAUGGCUAUGCGGUCACACUGGAAUUAGGUGUGAAAUGUAUUGUCAGGGAAUGGAUACAUUGGUGGCAAAUGUGAAUUUAUCAUCUUCAUUCUGGUUUGUUAAUGAACGUCAUUGUCUCUGCCGAUGUGUGGAGAGGAUUCAUUCAUUUGUUUCAGUGCUAAAUGAACACUCUCAGAGGUGGUCCUGAGGCUCUUCCAUGAUGAGAUUGUAUGUAUUUCUCCUCAACCCCCCUUCUCCACACUGACCGAUACACUGUACAUCUACUGGAUGAGAUAGACUGGAGCCAUGAAACUCAUGAGAAGCUAUAUACUUUUUAAAAAAUGUUACCUUUUUGCAAUGGGAGGUUAGAUAAGGUGUUUUACUUUUGUGGUUAGUUUAAGAACAAGAGGCGCUGUCAAUUUCUAUCACCAAGUUGUAGGUGUUGAUAUUUUUCUAAGCCUGCUGAUGGAUUGCCAUGGUGUUGCAGCCUUUGGACUCUGUGUUUACUCUGAAAGGUUCUUGUCAACACUGUAACCCUCUUAAACAUUUUUUUACAAUUCCUAAUAAAUUAUUUUUAAACAUUCUA